CUCACACACACACAGACACGCAGAUGUUUAUCAGGCAGAAAGCUUUCAGUCUGAUGAGACGAUUCUUACAGUAACAACUGCUGAGUGAAUCUCCAUAAGAUGGAUUUUUCUACAAAAACCCUGGCAGCGGGUUGCUUUGGGAAAGUGUAUAAGCAAAAGUAUGGAGACACGUGGGCUGCGAUGAAAAAAGUUCCUGUGAACUUCAUCACUAAGGAACAGCUUACCAGAGAGUGCCAAGUUUAUGAGAAAGCGCAACACAACAACGUGGUCAAACUCCUCGGGAAACCGUGGCUGGAAAACGGAAGGUGGCACAUUCCUCUGGAGUUUGUUUUUGGGGAGGAUCUCGAGACGGCCAUAUUUAACGUACAGAAGUCUAAAAUACAGCUGAGCCAGACUGUGAAGGCCACCAUCAUCACAGGGAUGUGUGAAGGCCUGAACUUCCUGCACUGCAGAGACAUCGUCCACCAGGACCUCAAACCGGACAACGUCAUGAUUGAGCACGGAUCUCACCGCGCUGUGAUUAUCGACAUGGGCCUGGCCAAAUUCUUCAAAAACGGUUUAAGCUCUGCUGUAAACCUGGGCAACGAAGCCUACGCUGCUCCUGAGAUCCUGGAAGGGAACAAUCGAGACAAGCGAUCAGAUGUGUGGGCCAUGGGCAAAAUCAUUGCAGAGCUCUGCGCCAGAGUCAGGCUUCCCACUCGGAGUGUGACUCCCAUGAAGAUUAAAGACAGUCUGAAAGACAAUUGUUAUUGUAGCGUUGUGUGCAAAAUGGUGGCGACAAAUGCAGCAGAGAGACCCAACAUGUACGGAGUAAUUGGAGAGAUCCGGCAAAUUGUGGCAAGUCAGGGAGCAAAUCAGGGAGCAGGAGCUGGAAGACCACAUGCAGCUUUGGGUGGCCAUUUGGGUCCCCGGCUAACAGAGGCUGCUGAUUUUGGUGUGAAGCAAAAAUGGCGCCCACCAACUCCUUUCCCACCGGAAGCGAAACACCAAGAACCUCCUGUUCAACAUCCUGUCGAACGUAUCCACCGCAGCCCAUCACCUCGACCUCACCCUGUAGCUCCCGUAGUUCCUGUUAACCAAAAUGCACUGGCCAAUCAGCUCUCACUGCUGUCCAUUCCUUGUCCUUUACCUCCAGACGGAACGGUGGUUCACCGUCGUUAUGACAACGACACCGGACAAAUGCACAUUAAACAAAUAAUCACACGGAACGGAAAGGUGGUGAAGUACGAGGACGUGAAAAUUACCAAGUGAAGUAUACAAGAAGAAGUAUACAGUGAUGUACGACGUGACGACAAAACAAAUCGUCCAGCGUCUAUUUUGUAUGUGUUUCCUGAUUCAGAAUUAUACCUACAGAAAACGAACUUAUCAUGUGGUGUAUGUAUGAGGUGAAUGUGUUUCGGUGAAUGUUGUGUCUUAUUAUACUUCUUGUAUUAUAAAUUUUCUACUUUUGCAAAAGGGCACAACAGUCUACU